GUGGUCCCCGGACCCGGGUUUGGAGACACUCCCGCUGCAGACUCUAACUCAUGCAGCUCUAAAACUUGAGGUGAAAAACUGUCUUUCGUGUGAGUGCUGCAAGAGGUGAGCUCUGCGCGUCUUCAAACACUCAAUCGCUGCGUAAAAAAGGUGGAGUGUGUAAACCCGCUGCCAAAAGGACACAAAGCACAGGUGUGUCGGAUGAAAGAAAAGGUAAGCAGCCGCAAGAUGAUGCACAGUGUUACACCUUGCAUUCAUUUACGGAUGAGCAGGUGGGAAAGAACAAUAGGAGGCAUAUUUGAUGAAUGACUGAGAGUUCACCUGUGUGCACUUUUAUGUAGGUUGAUUGAGUUUGCUUGCUUGAGCUGGCUCACAUUUAUGUGGACCUUUUAUAUGCGGGCUGCUAAGACUUUACCCGCCGGUGAAGCUCGGAUAAUAAGUUCUUAUGAUGGAGUGGCGUGAGCAGUCUUCAGUCAGCUGCGAGGAAGCCUACUCGGAGGCGCAGAGAUGGAUUGAGGCAGUAACCAAGAAAAAAUUUGGGAGCAAGGACUUCCGAUCUGCGCUGGAGAAUGGCGUUCUUCUGUGUGAACUGAUUAACAAGAUCAAGCCUGGUGUUGUCAAGAAGGUUAACAGACUGCCUACUCCUAUUGCUGGACUGGACAACCUUAACGUCUUCCUCAAGGCCUGCGGGAAGCUUGGACUAAAGGAAGCGCAGCUCUUUCACCCCGGAGAUCUUCAAGACUUGUCCUCAAGAGUCACAGUCAAGGAUCAAGAGACCAGCAGGAGGCUGAAAAAUGUAUUGAUCACCAUUUACUGGUUAGGUAGAAGAGCUCAGUGUGACCGCUUCUAUGAUGGACCUUACUUGAACUUCAAGGCAUUUGAGGGUUUAUUGGGCACAGCACUAUACAAGGCUCUGCAGGAAUCUUCCAGUCAGAAAAGCAGCAACGUCCGAGACAGCGGUUUUGGAGACAGUUGGUACUCUGAGCGAGAGGAGCUCUCCCAUCUGAGAGGAGGAGGAGGAGGUGGAGGUGGUGGUAGACACAGGAGGGACGACUCCCUGGACAGCUUGGAUUCGUUGGGUUCCCGACCCCACAGCAUCUCAUCUGACACCACUCUUAAAGGCAGCAGCGAGGGUUGUUGUAGCGAUACCGAGGCAGACUCUGUCUUCAAGAUGACCGAGAACAAGGACAAUCUCAGCUACCGCCGGUCGGCAGUCGUCGCACCGAAAACCACCACGCAGUUUAACCAGUUCCUGCCCACUAAAGACAAAGCUUCUGGCUACGUGCCUGCUCCACUAAGGAAGAAACGGGCCGAACGUAAUGAGGACAACCGGCGCAGCUGGGCCAGCAGCAGUUUCGCAGAGGAUGAAAGCUCUCUCACCAGAGAGCGCCAAGAGGGUACAGACGGGAGUAAAUCAACAAGCGAUAUGCAAGUCGACCCUGCGGUCAUGCGGCAGGUUCGCUACGAAGAGCUGCAGAAGUAUCGUGAGCAGGUUAAGCAGAGCGAGGAUAAGUGGCAGGAUGCCCUGAGCGACUGGAAGAGCCGACGUCGCAGUGUCAACUCUGAUAUAGUAAAGAAGAAGGAGGAAAGGGAGAAGAUAGAGCAGAUUACUUACGGCGGUGAGAAAAGGUCUAAGACCUUCAAGGAGAUGCAAGAGGAGAGAGAAGGUAAAAGAAAGAGCAGCGUUGGCAGCCGUCUUGGAUCUCUCUCUUUUUUAGACGACGACGACGACAACGUAUUUGAAAAACCCGUCAUUGCCCCACGUACCCGAGCUCUUCCUAGCCGAAGCUACACAAUUGACACUUCCCAAUUUUCCUAUGAACCCCCCAAGCCCCCUGUGAACGACAAAGAACCUCCCAUCGCUUCCCCAGCUACCGGCAGGGCUGCUUCCCCUCCCACUUCACUUGAAGUCGUGGACAGUCCCGCACUAAGCAGCUCCAUCACGAACACCAUCACUCCGAACAACUACAGCUCAUUCAACCGUUCCCCAUCUCCAGAAGCUGGACCUUUGCAGAGGAGUACAGACUCAGAGCGCGCCAGCACAGCCAAGAAGCAGGAGGCCCCAACUGUUGUCUCCUCUUCUAGCUCCCUACCAAAGGUGCCUGAGCCAAGGCCCGCAUUGUCGGGCACACAGACUGAGGUGAAGCCCCCCUCUUCUGGUCCUUUGCACACACAAGCACAGCCCAGCUCAAUGGAACCCAAGCCUCCCGCGGUGUCUCGGGUUUCUUCCUCCCUGCCUAAGACCUACCAGAGAUCGGAUAGCGCACGUCUAACUUCAGUUGUCACACCAAGGCCCUUUGGGAGCCAGCCCUCACGCAUCACAUCUCUUCCCCGAGGCUUUACCCCCGCACAGACAGACGACUCACACAAGCGCGUCAAUGGCAACGUCGAUGUUUCUAAGAAGUCAUCAGUGCCGAGCCGGUACCAUCACUUCAUGACCUCUGAGGACGAAGCUCAGUCUAGCUCAGCACACAGCAGUGAAGAGGAGGAGGAGGAGGAAGAGGCGACUACAGGGAAGAGCGUCAACUCUGCUCAGAGCGUCACACCUGUACCUCCACAAGUCAAGAGUGAACCUCCUGCUCCAGCCAAAGAAACCAGCCAGGAGAACUACUGUGAGAUGCGGAUCAGCCUGAACCAGAAGCCCAACAGCAGCAGAGAUUUUGGCUUCCAGGCAGCCUGGGACUCAACAGGAGCUUGUGUCACAUCUAUCCAGCCAGGCAGCCCGGCUGAGAUGUGCCAGCUUCAGACUGGAGACAAGGUGCUGACGGUGAACGGGCACAAGGUGGCAGACAUGAGCUACACAGAGUGGAAGUCCCACAUGGAUGAGGCUCUGCAGCAGGGCAGCCUGGUCAUGGAUAUAAGGCGUCAUGGGCAGAACAACUGGGACAGAGUUCAACCUUCCCUGCCAUUUAAAAGCCAUAAGACCAUCAAUCUGACCAGUACGGAUCAUCCAAUGCUUGUAGGUUCCCAAGAAAAAAGCACAAUCAGCUCCAGCCUGGAUUUCACUUCAAACACUCCAGCAGAAACGCUGACGUUCAAAGAGACCCCGGCUCAUCCCGUUAGCGAAGUGGCUUCAAACGGAGUUAAUGGAGGUUUCCGAGAGGAGCCGGUGACCAUGAGGAAAAAAGAGUCAGAACCCAUAUCUUUGAAAAACUUAAAGCGGAGGUCAGAGUUUUUUGAACAAGGAGGAGGAUCAGAGCCCGCAGUGCCAGAUAUACCCGUUCCCGUAAUCACUCCCUCCAGUCGCUGGUCUUGGGACCCAGAAGAGGAGCGGAAAAGACAAGAGAAGUGGCAGAAGGAACAAGAGCGCCUCCUACAGGAGAAGUAUAAGCGUGAUCAGGAAAAGCUGCAGGAAGAGUGGCUCAAGGCUCAGCAGGCGAUUUCUACAAGCACGGUUCCCAAACAGCUUGGGAGCCUGGAGGUGAACAACCACAGCAACAGCAGCACCGGCCCACACUCACCACUAUCUCCCGUCAACCAGCCCACAUCUCUACUGUGGGAAGAAGAAGAGCGAAAGAGGAAGGAGGAGCAGGAGCGCCAAAGGCAGGCGGAGGAGAAGAGGAAGAGGGAAGAGGAGGAGCGAGAACUGCAGCGUCUCCAGGAGGAGAGAAUGAGGAAGGAAAGGCAGGAGCAGGAGGAAAGGAAGAGAAGGGAGGACGAGAGGAGGUUGCUGGAGGCAGAAGAGCAGCAGCGCAGAGAGAAGGAGAGAGCCUUUGAGCAGCAGCAGCAGUGGACAAAAUCCAAAUCAUCCCCUCAGCUCGACGAAGAGGACAGACCUCAGAGAAAAGUGACCUCAAGCGGAGCCAUUGAGAAGAAGGACCAGCAGCCUGCAUCUCAGGCUGAGCUGGAGCGUCAGCAGAUCCUCAAUGAGAUGAAAAAGAAGACGUCAUUGCUGACGGACAACAGCUGGAUCCGCCAGCGCUCUCCCGACACUUCCACCAACAAGGAGAGGGACGUGCCACCUAUGCGCAGAGGCGAUUCUCUUGACAACUUGGACACCUCAUACAACUCCUGGCGUUCGUCAUCGAAAUCCCGAAGCGGUUCUUUUGCCCAAAACUACUUUCGGCCUCACUCUGCCCUUUCUGGCAGCACAUCCUUUUAUGGUGGGGGGUCGCGGGCUCAGCGGUAUGGUUCCGCUUCCACUCUGCCUUCUUCCUAUUCCAUGGGCUCACUCCGAAGUGGGGCAGGAUCCCACUUGGUCCCUUGGUCCAGGCAGUCGCCUUCCCCUUCACCUUCACCCUCUUCUCCUUCACCCACCAACUCUCCAGAACCCACGGCUGAGGCAGACGCUCCUCAGCAGCACAGCAGGUCAGUGAGUGGAAAGAAAAUCUGUACGUUCUGUGAAACCCCGCUGGGAAAGGGAGCAGCCAUGAUCAUCGAGUCCCUUGGGCUCUGUUAUCAUUUGGGUUGCUUUAAGUGCAUCGACUGUAAGUCUGACCUUGGAGGAUCAGAAGCCGGAGCUGAAGUCAGAAUACGAAACAAGCAGCUCUACUGUAACUCCUGCUACAUGCGAGUCAAAACUGGUCAACCAACAUCUAUGUGACGUGACUGUACUCCAGCAGAUUGAUGAAGAGACUACUUCCGACAACAACCCCUGAAUUUUAAAGUGGACAUUGAAGCCAUUGCAAUUAACCGGGACACUUGGUUGGGAUGUAUCGCUGUUUAUGAUUCUGUUAAAACCCCAGGCGAUACCUUGGUGAGAAUCAUAUUUGUUUUUACAGUGUGUGAUUAAGGGAGGGACGCUUUGCAAAGUAGUUAUCAGCUUUUGUGUUUAUAUCCUAUUAAGCAGCACAAUUGUACAGAGUGUAAGGUUUCUGCAUGCGCCAGAGUUUUUAAACGUUUUAGCCACAAAACUAGUCGAGCUAUUAACUGUCUACCAGAUCCCAGAUGAAAGUCCUUUUUGUUUCUAAACUUCGCUUAGAUACUGAGAGAAAAUCCUGCAGGAUCAUCCUCCUCAUUUUCACGCUUCUUUUCCCACCAACUAUUGUGUUAUAAAAAUCUGUGUCAGCCAAGGUAUUGGUAUCAUGUCUAUGUGCCUUUUUAUUUGUAAUUAAGAUUACUAAAAUACUGCAAAAUGUCAUUUGCAUUUGUCUCAAGUUUUCAGUGAUGGAGUAUUGCACACAUAAGCAGGUUUCUAUGUAAAGAGUAUACGUCACACUGAUUAGGCAAACAUAACAAUGUAAAUAAAAAUAACUAA